AUGAAGCAGUGGGAACUACAUGAGGCCAAUCGUGUGCCUCUUGCCACUCGUAGCUACUUUCUGAAGAGGGUGGAUGGGCCUUACAUAGGGACUGAGUCAAUCUCACAAGAUGAAGAUGAUUUCACAGGUAGUUGGAUUGACACUCAAAAAAAGGCUGCUCCCAAAUGCAACCCCCCCUCCACUGUUUUAGACUUGAGAAAAAGUGAUUCCAGCACAGAUGAUGAUAAGAAUGUGAUCCUGGAUCUCAGCAUGCCAGACAGUAAUGCAUCCACAGCAGUCUGUUAUGUGUGUGGGAAAGAAUUCCCUCGUGGAACACUAGCUAAUGUUCAUGCAAAGCCAUCAGGAGUCAGCCCUUUCUUCCCCAGCUUAAUGCUUCACCCUCGUCCUAGUAAAUCUCGACCCAUGGACCCCUCAGGGAGAGUGUUAGCAUGUGAAGAGUGCCAUAAACACCUGUUGCAUCAAUGGAGGGAGUUUGAAGGCAAGAAGGUCUCACAUGCAGAAAGGAGAUACAUGUUGGGGAGAGAGAAUGUACAAUACAACCACGUUUCCACCUUUGUCUGCUAUACUUGUGGACUGGAAUAUCCCUUGUCUGCAGUGUGCUUCAUUUAUACUAAACAAAAUGCAGAGGAUGAGCCAUUCUAUCCAUCCGUUGCAUUGAUGAAGCCAUAUCCAGGAGUGAUUGCCAUUUCUGCCAAGGGAACAGUUCAAGAAGUCCUAGGGAGAGAGAAGGAAGCAUGGCCAUAUGUCUUUGUGUGCACUAAGUGCCAUGAUCAAGUCAGUCAAUUCCCAAAGGCAGUAAAAGAGGAAAAGAAGGAGGACCAGCUCCAUACCAAGGUGAAGGAUUCGGCGAGGGAAGCUUGA